GCUACACAAGACAGAAGAACACACACCUACCCUCCCUCGCCCCCCAAAGCAUCACUCUAUAUUUCUUUGUAUAUUUAUAUUUACGUUAAACAGAAAACAGAGCUCCCAAGGCAAGAGACAACCAUUAAUAGAGGGCCAAGAAGUUUGAUCCCUCCACCCACAGAUCAAAGGCCGCCGCUCUGAACAACAAUGGCGUCAACUUCUUCUCUCUCCCUCUCUAACUCCCUUCUGGCCCGAUCCGUUUCCCACCAUGCCCCUGCUUCUCAUUCCUCAGAUCACCGCCCCGGUCUCUGCCUCUCCGCCGCUUCACCGCUCCCCACUUUCUCCGGCCUCAAAUCCGCUUCUUCUUCUUCCCCCGCUCAGAUCCCCAUCGCCGCCCUCCGUCGCCGCUUCCUCCAGCGUCAAAUCCGUGCAGCUGCCAUUGAGACCCUCGCCCCCGCCGAGACUUCCUUGGUUGAUAACUCAGUCAACACCAUCAGGUUCCUUGCUGUCGAUGCCGUCGAGAACGCAAAUUCGGGCCACCCGGGUCUGCCCAUGGGUUGUGCUCCGAUGGGCCAUGUUCUCUACGACGAGUUCAUCAAGUUUAACCCUAAGAACCCUUACUGGUUCAAUCGCGACCGCUUCGUUUUGUCCGCUGGCCAUGGCUGCAUGUUGCAGUAUGCUCUGCUCCACCUCGCUGGCUAUGACAGCUGCAAGGAGGACUUAAAGAGCUUCCGUCAAUGGGGAAGCAAAACUCCCGGUCACCCUGAGAACUUUGAGACCCCUGGUGUUGAAGUGACAACUGGUCCUCUUGGUCAAGGAAUUGCCAAUGCAGUGGGUUUGGCACUGGCGGAAAAGCACUUGGCUGCACGCUUCAACAAGCCAGAUUGUGAGAUCGUUGACCAUUACACAUACUGCAUAUUGGGAGAUGGUUGUCAAAUGGAAGGUGUUGCCCACGAAGCUUGUUCCCUCGCUGGUCACUGGGGACUUGGCAAACUAAUUGCUUUGUAUGAUGACAACCAUAUCUCUAUUGAUGGGGACACUGAAAUUGCGUUCACUGAGGAUGUUAGCAAGCGCUUUGAGGCCCUCGGAUGGCACGUGAUCUGGGUGAAGAACGGAAACAAUGGAUAUGAUGAGAUUCGUGCUGCUAUUAAGGAGGCCAAGUCUGUUAAAGACAAGCCAACUAUGAUAAAGAUUACUACAACCAUUGGUUAUGGGUCUCCAAAUAAGUCAAACUCAUAUGCUGUUCAUGGGAGUGCAUUAGGUGCCAAGGAAGUUGAUGCCACGAGGAAGUUCCUUGGAUGGCCACACGAGCCUUUCCAUGUCCCCGAUGAUGUUAAGAAGCACUGGAGUCGCCAUAUCCCGGAGGGAGCUUCCCUUGAAUCUGAGUGGAAUGAGAAAUUUGCAGCGUAUGAGCAGAAGUACAAAGAAGAGGCUGAUGUGCUGAAGUCUAUAAUCACUGGUGAACUCCCUGCUGGUUGGGAGAAAGCACUUCCAGUAAGCAUUACUACCUAUGCUCCAGAUAGCCCAGGUGAUGCCACUAGAGUUCUAUCUCAGCAAAACAUAAACAAUCUAGCAGAUGUCUUGCCUGCUUUUGUUGGUGGAAGUGCAGACCUCGCAUCUUCCAACUUGAGCUUGAUGAAGAAGUUUGGAAACUUCCAAAAAAACACACCUGAAGAACGCAACAUUCGGUUUGGUGUCCGUGAGCAUGGCAUGGGAGCCAUAUGCAACGGCAUCGCACGUCACUGCCCUGGGAUGAUUCCCUACUGUGCCACCUUCUUCGUCUUCACAGACUACAUGAGAGCAGCAAUAAGAAUCUCUGCCCUGAGUCAGUCUCGGGUCAUCUACGUCAUGACCCACGAUUCCAUUGGUCUUGGGGAAGACGGCCCAACCCAUCAGCCAAUAGAGCAUUUGGCGAGCUUCCGUGCCAUGCCUAAUGUCCUCAUGCUCCGUCCAGCUGAUGGCAAUGAAACUUCUGGCGCAUACAGGGUUGCUAUCCUCAACAAGAAGAGACCAUCUGUCCUUGCACUUUCAAGGCAGAAGGUUCCACUGAUUGCUGGAACUUCCAUCGAAGGUGUUGAGAAGGGAGGAUACAUAGUUUCCGACAACUCCUCUGAUAACAAGCCUGAUGUGAUUUUGAUGGGAACUGGUACGGAGCUGGAGCUGGCUGUUGAAGCUGCACAUGAGCUGAGGAAGGAAGGCAAAGCUGUGCGAGUUGUUUCGCUGGUUUCAUGGGAGCUUUUUGGGGAGCAAUCAGCUGAGUACAAGGAGAGUGUGCUGCCUGAAGAUGUGACAGCCAGAGUGAGCAUUGAAGCUGCUUCAACGUUUGGGUGGGAAAGGAUGGUUGGGAGCAAAGGAAAGGCUAUUGGGAUUGAUAGCUUUGGAGCAAGUGCCCCAGCACCUGUGUUGUACAAGGAACUUGGCAUAACGGCACAGGCUGUGAUUGCUGCUGCCAAAGAGCUUUGCUGAGCUGCGAGGGCUCCGACUUCUCUGGCCUCUCGGUGGGUUCUUUCGCUUCUGGGUUGACACUUUUGGUUUGAAAUAAGACAUGGGGGAGUCUCUGCGGGGAUUCCUGGGUUUUUUUUCUUCUUCUGUGCUUCUGAUGAAGCAGUGGUAGGAAGUAAAGGAAAAGGGUAGAACGAGAGUUUUUCUUUUUUAUUGACAUAUUCUUGAACUGAGGAAGAGUCUGGACUUCGAUUCUGUAAUAUGUCAUUAUCGUGUACGUUUGUUGCAAGGGAGAUUUGGAAUUAGCUUCAUCUGAUGG